AUGUUCCUCCAGACCGCCACCAAGACCGUAGCUCGCCGCGCAGGGCCUCUACGAGUAGCAUACUACACUACCUCACAAACGUCGCCGCGAACUCCCUAUCCUUCUAUUACCAUCGACUACCGCAUUCGCUCCCACCGUCCUCUUCCUCUCCGCACACUAUAUCAUGGCCGGUUCCAGCAAGAGGACUACCUUGACCUGUCUGAUUCACGUGGCGUACUCGCGGAUGCCAGAGAUGACGAGGCAAGCCCCUCAACGUCACACGAUGGCCUGAACUUCCCCUACAUCAACUAUUGGCGCAAGGUUUGGCGGCACGAAGAACCCAAGCGCCGGGAAAUAGCCUACUUCCCAUUUCCUGUUAACACCCGCGGCUUCCUGUACUUUCACCAGCACCGUUAUCCUGUCGCAAGCGGGCUCCGUUUCCGCAUCGCCCAGACACCAGAUCUGAACGGGCACCUCCGUGGCCAGGACCUAUUGACACCGUACGGAACGCCUUGGCAUAUCCCACUCAUCGCCCUGGCGACAUCGCCGCGGUACACCAGCAUCGUGCAGGUUCUACAACAGGAUGGCUACGUGCCUCCACAGCUAUAUGAUUGCUGUGUAGGGCUGGCAGAGUCGGUGGCGAAUUCCACCCUUGGCGCCUUCUCCCAGCUUUUGUUUAGAACGUGGCAGCCGUUCUAUCUCGACCUGGCGAACCCGACGCACAAGAUCUUCUUAGUCACCCAAAAAGGCAUUGGCCACAUCUACGCGAAUCAGAUAUUUUCGGGAGAAGUGUAUCCGUUCAAAUCUGGCGUCCUCUUGUGUCAAUUCGAGAAUCGACGCGGACGGGAUACAAAAGGUUACCUGGCUUUGCGUGUCCUGCGCAUCGUGGAGCCAGUGCACUAUGCUGAGCGAUACAACGGCAACUUCGAACCGCCCCAAACUGGCCAAUGUAUCAAGUUCAACGGGCUGGAGCACGCGUUCUUGUCCAAGAAACCGCCCCGUCAACGGGAGAGCGUGGCCUCGCGGUUGUUACAGAUGGGGAAGACUGGUGGAAAGUGGGCGUAUGCGUGGUCCUGGAACGACCUCAAGACGGUGGCGGGCCCGAAAUGGAAAUACCCUUGGGAGAAUCGGCGGAAGCCUGACAACAGAAGCCCCGCCUCAGCUCCGGCCGGCUCUGCGUCUUCAUAG